AUAAUUUGGAAGGUCUGAGUGAGUCCCAAAUAGCAGGGAAGAAGUUGUUCUUAGUUCAAGGAGACAAACCUCAACUGAUGAACUGGGAGGAGUAUGGACUGAGGAUUAGUGUAGCAGAGGAUAGUCUAUCAGCAUCAGAGACUGUAGAAGUAUCAGUACUAGCUCUUGUAGGAGGACACUUCAAGUUUCCUGAUAAUACUAGACUAGUGAGUGCAGUGUAUGCAAUAUCAACCAGUCCACUCCUCAAGUCACUGAGGAUAGAAAUGCAACACUGUAUCGAUCUCAGUGAUCCUUCUUUAUCCAAGUAUCUUAAAUUUGCUGUUGCUCCAGUUCACACAGCUAGUCUUCCUUACCAGUUCUCACUAAUUGAAGGAGGGGAGUUUCCAGCAUACCAGAGAUAUGGAUGGAUUGAACGAAGCAAGUUCUGCUGCGUAACUACUGUUGCAAUAGAAGAAGAGGGAAAUGGAGGAGGUAGGAAUGAGGAGAGGAAUGGAGAGGAAGAUGGAGACUCAGGAGAUGAGGGAGGGAAAGGAAAGGGAGAGACAACAGGAGGAGAGGGACAAGGAGCAGGAGGACAAGAAGGAGGAGCAAGUGGUGGAGUAGGGGCUGAGCAUCAGCAACAAAAAGAAGACAAACAAGCUGUGGUUGCAUCUACUCAUUCGACUGGUAUACCUGAAGCUACAGUGUAUGCUGGACAAGUGUUUUAUGAACGACCAGAUUUAUUGAGAUUCGCUGCUGCUAAAGAUUUAAAUGCUCUGAUUCAGUUCAUUAGAAAAGAAUAUCGUCAGCAUGAACUCAGACAAAAUUUUAAGUUUCAAUUUGAUCAUUCUUGUUUUGGAUACCUUGAGCUAGUGUUUGGUCCUCAGGAUGAACCAAUAACUGGUUGGACUGUUAGUCCUGAUAUAGUACCAUGCCAGAUUGAAGAAGGAGAUUUAGAUAAUUUUGGUUCUGACAUUAAUACAAUUCCUCCAUCUUGUCUGGUAUCAAUAUAUGCUGACAGCAGUCGUCCUGAUACUGUUCAUGUACUCAAGUAUGCUAUACCAUUGAAAGGUUUACGUAAACCAAGAACAAUCAAUAUUAACAGAUCACUGAAAGAUAUAUUAGAUGCACCUCAUUCUGUUGGUACUAAAGAUGGUCCUAAUCCUGGUUCACAAAAUGACCUCAAGAAGCAGCUUAAUGAUCUGAAGCGUUUCCUUUCAACCUCAGAAGCAAAGUUUCGUGACAUAGCUAAUAGUUGUAAGGAGGUAAAAAUUAUUGAUUCUUCUCAGUAUAAUGAGUUAUUUGAUGGGAUGAAUAACCAGUCUUUAUCAAAAAGAGUAGAACUUUUUCUGGGAAAUAUUACAUUAUUAAUUGAACUUUGUCCUGAUCACAUUAGUACAUUCUUGUCUAUACUGAAGGAACAGGAUCAUGUUGUUCUUUCUACAUUAGCUGACAGGAUUGCUGCUUCAUUAGAUAGAUAAACAAGAUAAUGAUGAUUACAGGAGCAAUGAUGUAACUUAUUUUUCUAUUUUUGUAUGAUUUUUUACUUUAUGUGUUGUGUGUGUAGUUUUUUAACUUUACAAAACACUUUAGGAAAAUACCUAAACACUAUGAUACUACAUACAA